GCUUUUUACCGCAGAGCAAGGCACUGCUUGGUUCCAACUUCCAAACUUGCAAUGGCUAGGUCACUCGCAGCUCUCCUGCUCCUCCUGAUCGCCCCGGUGAUAGCUUCAGCUUAUCUGUAUCAGGAGGACUCGGUGGGCUCGGCGUUCUUCCUCAAGAAUGACUUGUACCCGGGCUCCAGGAUGACGCUCCACUUCACCCACGCCGAUGCCGGAGCCACCGUGCUCCCAGGUGGCCGCGCCGACUCCAUUCCUUUCUCCUCCGCCAAGAUCCCGGAGAUCCUCUCCCGCCUCUCCGUCCCGGCCGGCUCCCCCGCCGCCGCCGCCAUACGCUUCACCCUGGCCGAGUGCGAGGCCCCGCCGCUCGCCGGCGUGGUGGCCCAGCGCUGCGCCACCUCCUUCGAGUCCAUGGUCGACUUCGCCGCCUCCAGCCUCGGCACCCGAGAGGUUCGCGCCAUGAAGACCAAACUCAGCAAGGAGGGGGCGAUCCCGAGGCAGGCGUACAUGGUGGAGUCUGUCAGGCCCCUGCCGGUGGCCGGUAGGGACAUGGUGGCCUGCCACUGCAUGCCCUACCCCUACGCCGUUUUCGGGUGCCACACGACCACCGCCGCCGUGUACACGGUGAUCCUUGCCGGCGCCGAUGGGACCAAGGCUGAGGCUCUGACGGCGUGCCACGCUGACGCGACGCCCGGCAUCUUCUGGCCGACGUACAAGAAGCUUGGCGUGGCCCCGGGUAGCGUGCCGGUAUGCCACUUCCUGCCCCAGGACAGCAUGCUCUGGAUGCGCAACUAAAAAGGCUUCAAACGUGGCGCGAUCGAGCAAGUGCUGCAGAGAAAAAAAAAAAGUGGCUGGUCACGUACUUGUUCGCCUAUUCUAUAGGCUACUCGAUCGCUGAUAUGUACACAAUAUAUCGUGUGCGUUUGUGUACGUGUGUAAUGUGUAUAAGUACGUAUAUAUGCGCGUCGUGUCGUGUCUACGUACUCGCGAUCCAGGUACGACUGGCUCCUCCGGGCACAUGCGUAUAUGACACUAAAAGCAAAUCGUAAGGAUGUUAUUACCUUCUAAUCAUCGCUACUAAUCUUUUGCAAGCCU